GCGGGCGGGACCCGGGGCGGGGCGGGCAGAGGGCGGGCAGAGCCGGACCGGCGGGAGCUGCGGGAGCUGCGGGCGAGAAGGCGGCAGCCAUGGAGGCGCUGGGGGGAGCGCCUGUGGCCGUGGCCGUGGCCGUGGUGGCGGCCUCGGCCCUGCUGCUGCUGCUGCUGCGGGGGAGCGGGCGGAGGACGAGCGGCCCCGUCACCCUGCAGGACCCGCUCGCCAAGUACCCGCUGCGGCUGCUGGACAAGGAGGAAAUCAGUCAUGACACUAAGAAAUUCCGAUUUGGGCUACCUUCAACUGAUCAUAUAUUAGGAUUACCUGUAGGCCAACAUGUUUACCUUUCUGCAAAAAUCGAUGGCAAUCUGGUGAUUCGAGCCUAUACCCCAGUUUCCAGUGACGAGACAAAAGGUUACGUUGAUUUAAUUAUAAAGGUCUACCACAAAAAUGUGAAUCCCAAGUUUCCAGAAGGUGGGAAGAUGUCCCAGUACCUAGAUAGCAUGAAGAUUGGAGAUACUAUUGAUUUCAGAGGGCCAAAUGGACUCCUUGUGUAUAAGGGGGCAGGUACCUUUCUUAUCAAGCCUAAUAAGAAGUCUGAAGCAGAGAAAAAGUUUGCAAAGCAUCUUGGGAUGAUAGCUGGAGGAACAGGAAUAACUCCGAUGUUGCAGCUGAUUCGUCAGAUCACAAAUGAUCCCAAGGACUCCACAAAAUGUUACCUUAUUUUUGCCAAUCAGACAGAAAGUGAUAUAUUGCUGAGAGCUGAGCUAGAAGAUAUUGCAAAGAGGCAUCCUGAGCAGUUUGUGCUGUGGUACACACUGGACAGACCUCCUCAAGACUGGAAGUACAGUUCUGGCUUUGUCACUGCAGACAUGAUGAAAGCCCACCUCCCUGCCCCGGGCAGUGAGACCCUCAUUCUCAUGUGUGGGCCACCUCCAAUGAUUCAGUUUGCCUGUCAGCCCAACCUGGACAAGCUUGGCUAUCCCAAGAGCAGCACAUUUGCUUAUUAACACAGAUGCCAUCUGAUACCUUUUUAUUUUCUUGAUCCCUUUUGGACUCUUUCUGUUUUCUGGAGACCAUGGAGACUGUGGACUUGAAUCUGUUCCCGAAGAAAGAGGUGAAGGGUCGUCUGAGACUACUGUACCAUCCAUGUUCUCUGUUUCUCCUGGGUUAAGAACAGCAUUACAGUCACAUUUUGUACUAAUUAUUGGUAAAGUUUUUGUCUGGGAGACUGAUAUUUUAAUGCAGACCAUAAUAAAAAAGUACAGAUACCUGUAAAAUUGUUUUUGUAUCAAAAAAACCCAAAACAUGCUCAGAAGGUGAAAAAAACAGUAGCUCUAGAUUUGAUACAAAAAAAUAAUAAAACAUGGGUAAAAUA